ACACACAGAGCGGGGGCGGGAGCUGCGCGCGCGCACACGGGCAGCUCCGUGUCACCCGCUGUGACCUCCCGCACGUGGCUGAGGCUGGAAAGCGAUCUCCACCCCCACCGCAGCAUGAAUGAUGAAAAGAAAAAGCAGCAAUUUCUUCUGAAUUCAGCUCUUCAGCUGCAAGAUACGUGCCCGGCAGAAGCUCGCUACCUCUUAUGGAAAUACUAUUCUGCAGCAGAUUCAAAAGUUAAAACAGAAGGUGUAUGCAGUCAGUGUUACCAGUACUUUCGUCCUGGAAACCACAGAGUACGAAUAAAAGCCAAAGUGAAGAUGACUCAACGGAUAAAAAGGCUGCUCCGUUACGAAGUCUCCAACGGGAAACUUAGGCUGAAGCAUGUCCGACAACUGAAGAAAUACAGAAGCGCGAGGAGCACAUUGCUGGUUACCUGCUACACAUGUAAUGAAACCUCAAGAUGCUAUGGAGCAAAUAGAGCCGCCCUGAUUGCAGCGUCGGGUAGAUUAGCCAGGUCAAAACUGGGCGCAAAGGCACCCGAAGUCCAAAGACACCAACAGACCCCAGGCCUGGCGAUGGGUUAUUCCCAGCAUCUGAACAAGCCAGGAUCAAAAGGCAAGAAUCCAACUACAGCUCCAAGAACAUUCACUUCUACACCUUCUACCUCAUCUGCCCCCUUGCUGAAGUCAGUUAAAGCAAAGAAACUGCACUGUUCCCGGCUAAAGAUGCUCUUGAACUGUGAGCAGAAACAGCCGAGCAAGAAAGGAACUCUUAAGGAUUUUUUGUCUUCAGUGUAAAACGGUGUUUGUUGAGAUUUUGUAAUGUUUUAACUAGAUGUAUGCACGAGUGGGCAGGGGGGAUGGGGACAGUGAAUUGAAAUUGAAGAUGAGAUGGCCAGUCAGUUGGAUGCAAGAUGGACCGUGCACUAUAUAUUUAUGGCUUUGUGCGAAUGGAGCUUUGUGAUGUUGCCAUGAAACAAGCUUUUAAUUUACUGCCAAAUUGGAAAUGUGUUGCUGGGAUUCUUGCAAGAGAAACGCAAGUAGGAAGUGUCUUGCGGCUUCUACGUUUGCAUCUGCCGUAUUGUGGGCUAAUGGGAGGCAUGUGCACUGCCUACUAAGUGUUAGGGUAGCUUCCCAUCUGUCUUUCUCUUCAAUGGGAAAAAUAAGGCUGCCGCCAGCCAGCUUUCUGCCUGAGGAUGAGAAUACAGUACACAUUGGCAGCCAGAAGAGAGGGACAAAGAACGAGUGCAUUUUCUGGCAGUCUCAGAACAAUUUGUACUGUGGCUAGGCUGGAGUAUCAUCCACCGCCAGGUCACAAAGCCAUGGCUGUAGUAAACGUGUUUGCUGUGUUGCCAAAAAAAAAGGCUGCUCGAGUCAUUUGUGUUACUGCUAAAAUGUAAAUCGGAAAGCAAUGCAAUGCUAAAGCUUUCAGCCAUGUUUAUAAUUCUAAAUGUUAAGAGGGCUAAAACUGUGUCGUGUUUUGAUCCCCUGUCUUCCCCUCACCCUUUUUUUGAAAACAGCACAGUGCUUCGGAGCACCAGCAUGGUGUGCCACAGAGUGGUAAGGUGCCCUUUGGCUGCAGUAAACGUAAUGUGUUGCUACAAGGCUGCUCUAACAAAUUGCUGUUGCAGCUGGAUAAAUUUACACCAGGCAGCAAUGCAGUGCUCGUGCUUUCAGCCAUGUGUAUAAUUCUAAAUGUUCAGGGGGCUAGGUGUCUUGUGUUUUUCUUCUCUCUCUCUCUCCCCUCACUUUUUUAAAGAA